UUGUUGGCAUAUUCACAAUUAGUUGGAAUUUAGCAUCACACUGUUAUUUUUCUUUUGCAUUUAAAACCAGCAACAUAUUUGUUUCUCACUCUCUCACCCAAUUCCAGUCUUCUCUCUCUCUCUCUCUCUCUCUCUCUCAACAAAUCUCAUCGUGAGUAUACAAUGUUCAAAGAUGCGUCUUUUUUCGCUGGAAAUGUCAUAGUUUCCUGAUACUUUACCGAUUAAAGUUGACCGAAAGAUCUAAGGGUAUUGUCUGGAACGAGUCUUGCUGUAAUGGGUAAUCGGUUUAUUUGCAUGACAAAGAAGGAGGUCAAAGAAAAUGGCUCCAGGAGCAAGAGAAUGGGACGGUCUCAAAGGAAACUGCUGGCUGAGGAGGAGUUCUUGCACAAGCAGGCUUUAUCUAUGGCUCUCCAUCAGCACCAGUUGUCUCAGAGGUUCGAAGGAUCCAUGUCGCGGCGAAUCGGGUCGACGAGCUCUAGGAGACGCAAUCUCCCUGACGACCCAAUCUCUAAUGAAAAGCAGGCACCGGAUUUUCUGGAAAGGAUGAUAACAAAAAAAUUUAUUCUAAUACAUGGGGAAGGCUUUGGAGCAUGGUGUUGGUACAAAACCAUUGCUCUGCUAGAGGAGUCGGGAUUGCUUACCACUGCCCUUGAUCUUACGGGAUCCGGUAUUGAUCUGACGGAUACAAAUAGCAUCGCUACACUGGCGGAGUAUUCAAAGCCAUUGAUUGAUUAUCUACAGGGCCUUCCCGAGGAUGAAAAGGUCAUUCUGGUUGGUCACAGCAAUGGAGGUGCAUGCAUAUCUUAUGCAUUGGAACAUUUUCCACUGAAGAUAUCAAAAGCAAUUUUCCUUUGUGCCACAAUGGUAUCUAAUGGCCAGAGGCCUUUUGAUGUGUUUGCUGAAGAGCUUGGUUCUGCAGAACGCUUUAUGCAAGAAUCAAAAUUUUUGAUUCAUGGGAAUGGAGAAGACAAACCUCCUACAGGAUUCAUGUUUGAGAAAGAGCAAAUGAAAGGACUAUAUUUCAAUCAGUCCCCGACGAAGGAUGUUGCUUUGGCCAUGGUAUCCAUGAGACCCAUCCCGCUAGGUCCAAUCAUGGAGAAAGUAUCAUUAACACCGGAAAAGUAUGGAACUGGCCGGCGAUUCUACAUUCAGACAUUGGAUGAUCGAGCACUUUCACCUGAUGUCCAAGAGAAGCUAGUGAGGGAUAACCCACCCGAAGGAGUUUUCAAGAUCAAAGGCAGUGACCACUCACCCUUCUUCUCAAAGCCACAAUCGCUGCACAAAAUUUUGGUUGAAAUCGCUCAAAUUCCAUAGCGCAUCAGGAAAUGCGCUCUUACUUCUUUUAUUUUUUUCGUUCCUUUUCCUCAAGUUACUUUUCCUGUUCUUACAAAUGCAAGUGGUAGUUGACCGAUUACAAGGCUAUACAGAUGGUAAGCCAUUGUUGUAUGUAGAAGUACAAUGAGGCCCUGUUGGCUGAUAUAUUCUUUGCCAUUUCAAAAAAAAUCGUGAAGGAACAAAAUGUAUUUACUUAUUUGGAUUAGUCCAAGCACUCGCCCGACCGUUUCAUCCAA